GCCAUGGCAGCUAAGGGUCUUGUCCAAGAGCUCCAUGAGGAACUUUCUUGCUCCAUCUGCCUGGAGUAUUUCCAGGAUCCCGUCACGAUUGCUGAGUGCGGCCACAAUUUCUGCCGAGCCUGCCUGACUCAGAGCUGGAAAAAGGCACUCACCACUAGAACUUCCUGCCCUCAGUGUCGAGGAAUAGCCCAGCCAAGGAAUCUCCGGCAGAAUCAGCACCUGGCAAAUGUCAUAGAAAUAGCCAGGAAACUCAGUCUUCAGGGGGCAAAGGAAUCAGAAACAAAGAGGGUGGAAGGACAUGGCAAAAUCUGCAACAAACACCAGGAGCCUCUCAAACUCUUUUGCAAGGAGGACCAAAUCCUAAUUUGUGUGGUCUGUGACAAAUCCAAGGAGCACAAAAGCCAUGAGGUGAUUCCUCUGGAGGAAGCUUUCCAAGAGUACAAGGAUAAAUUUCAUGCCAAUCUCAAGAUCCUGAGGGAGGAGAGAGCAGAAAUUCUGGCCCAUAAAGCAGAUAUAAUGGAGGAAAGCCAAGACCUUCUUGAGCAAACUAAAUCAAAGAGCCAGAAGAUAGCGGCUGAGUUCAGAAAACUGCACCAGUUUCUGGAGGAACAAGAGAAACUUCUGCUGGGCCAGAUGAAAUAUCUGGAAAAUGAGAUUGCAAGAAAAACAGAUGAGCAUCUAGCCAGUCUUUCCAGCAAACUGUCCUGUCUUGAAAGUCUGAUCCGGGACAUGGAGGAGAAGCAGCAGCAGCCAGCAAUUGAAGUCCUGCAGGAUGUCAGAAGCACCUUGCAGAGGUAUGAGGAGAAACCGAAGGUUGGGAAUCUCGUAGCUUUUCCUCCAGAGCUGAAGUGGAGGAUCUGGGAUGUCCGUGACAUAAGCUUCUUUCUGGAGAUUGAUGUGGAACAAUUCAAAGUAAAUGUGACUCUGGAUCCAGACACGGCCCAUCCUCAACUCGCUCUGUCCGAGGACUGGAAAAGUGUCAGAUGGAAAGAGGAAUAUCAAGAUCUGCCCAACAAUCCCGAGAGAUUUGACUUCAGGCCUUUUGUGCUGGGAUGUGAGGGAUUUACAGCAGGCCAACAUUCCUGGGAAGUCUUUGUGGGAAAUGAGGAUGGGUGGACUGUGGGAGUCGCCAGGAAGUCUCUGAAGAGGAAGGGCUGGAUCACCUUUAGUCCUGAGGAAGGGAUCUGGGCAAUGGGUAGGUGGGUAGAUGGGUAUUAUGCUGUCAAGCAGCCUCAUUUCUUUCCUCUGUCAGUGAGUGAGGAGCCCAAGAGGAUCCUAGUUUCUCUGGACUACGAAGGGUGGCGAGUGACCUUUCUUGAUGCUGACAAAGCUACCGUUCUCUAUGAGUUCUUAGGAGCUUCUUUCUCUGGAGAGACCCUCCUGCCCUUUUUUGGGGUGAAUGAUGGAGCUCACCUCAGACUCUCUCCUUAA